CAGAAAUCCAACAUGGUUGCCUGUUCAACGUUAAUUUGAUACAUUGUGGAAUUUGAAGGUUAGUUUUGCAAUACUUUGGCUAUCUUCUCGUUGUUUACAAGCUUAAUGACAUAAUUCUUCGUUAAAUUAAUGUGUCGCUGGGGAAAAUGUCGUUUACAAGCUUGUCAUAGUUAAACAUUGCGUAGAUUUUCUUACCCCAAACUCGAGUCACGUUGUGAGGUCGUUGGUUCGAUACGUACUGUGGUCCACUUAUCCUUUUUCAUCCGGUUCCAGUUUUCUUUUUAUUCUAAUAUUCUCGUUCUUUGAUUAAUUUCAACGUUUAUUUGUAAAUUCAUUUUACAAAAUUGUGAAUCAGUACGGUGUAUAAUCUCUGAUAAUCUUACUUCUCCGAUUUAUGCAAAUGAGUUCUGUCAUCUCAACAAGCUACUUUCGAUAUAUUAAAAUUCAGCAUGAUAGAGAGUCUUAGAGGACACAAACAAAGAAAAUGAAUAAACAUGAAUAACCAUGGUUUAUUCAUUUUCUUUGUUUGUGUCCUCUAAGACUCGUUGUCAUGCUGAAUUUUAAUAUGUCGAAAGUUGUCCAUUGCCAAAAUAUAGCCUCGUUAUUCCUGGUUUCAGUUGUGGUUCAUACACAAUUUUUAUUGUAUGGCUUUCUUGUUCCCAGCAAAAACUAUGUCAACUAUUUGAUACUGGCUGGUAGCAAGGGAAUACAACCAUAUCUUCAUAAUUACACACUUUCCUAACUACAUCCCCCUCCCAAGGCAAAAUCUCCCUUGAGUUCACACUUGCUGUAGAUAAGGGUUCAAAGUUUUGGUCAGUGUUAUUUCUAUAUUCAACAUGAUAAUACAUAAGCCAUUGUUAAUUCAACUUAUUUUUCUUUUACCUUAGCAGUUGCAAUGAUCAUGAAGAAUUUAAUCAUGACACAAUUGUCAUAAAGGCUGCCUCUGUUGUCAACAUAUCAGUCCAUUUUAAGUACAAGAUUUACGAUCAUUGGUGGCACUCAGUUUUUCUGGAUAAUUUCUUUGUCCUAGUGUCAUUUUACACUCACAAUUUCCUCUAUGGAAGACUCAGGGGAUUUAACGCCCAAAGUCGAUUUUGCAAGCCUGAAAGAGGAACUUUCCAAAAAUGGGAUGGUUAUAUGCCCUGCUCAAAACUGCAAUCAGGACUUCAGCUCUCUUGGAGGACUCAAGUAUCACUUGAAACAAGCCAACCACCUGAUCUCUGGUGAAAGAAGGUUUAAAUGUGAGCAGUGUAGCUUGUUGUUUCAAUCACGGGUUCAUCUGCGAAACCACAGAGUUGCUGAACAUUCAGAUGGUGAAAGUGGAAGUCCAUUGGUCAGUCCAUUGUCAAGUCCAAGGUAACUACAAUACAACUUAAAUAUUUUGCUUGAAACUGUCAUGAAAAAAUGUAUCAAAUGAAAGUUUAAUUGACAGGGCUGUCACUAACUGUAACAUUUCAAUGCAACAAGUAGUGGGGUAAUCAAACAGCUCGGGAUUUCUUUUGGUUCUGUUUUUCCUCUAUUUUCCUAUGAAAGUAGGUGGGGCCACAAUCUUUAUAGUAGGCAGGGAAAGUCCCCAGCCCCCACCUCUAAAUGACAGCCCUGAUGUAUUUCAUACAACUGUAUGGUUUACAUGUACAUCAUGAGUUUGCACAGCACCUGGUAGCCUCUUGCUUUUGCAGUCCUGACAUGGAUUUUAUAAGCUGUGUCAUGUGGGCUGUGAGAUUGCACUAGCGGUAGGGGCUAGGGGAUUUGAUAGAGGAUUUAGGGACCAAUAGUCAUGGCUUUCACAACCAGUUCAAGUUGCUGGGAAAAUGCAAUAAAUAGGAUGUGAAGUGAACAGCCAAGAAGUUAUUUUGGUUCUAUUUUCCUUUGUUCGAUGAAAGUAGCCGGGGUCAUGCUUGUAGUAAAUGGGGGGAGGGGGGUAGAUCCCUAAUGACAGCCCUGAGACACACAGUACUUAGGAUCUGUGGUAGUGGAAGAGAUACUGGAGUGAGAUGGUCAGAUGAUGAAGGAAAAGAGGGCAAAAUGUAAUAAGCUGAGGAGUGGGUUAGGGGGUUACUGUAUUUAUUAGAUUAAACGCUGUGGCAUUUAUUAAAUGUUUAGCAUUUCCAAUGCAGUGUUUAUUCUUGGGCGAAAUUAAUUCAAGGGCGGCGUUUAUUUUGAAAGCACUUUCUUUAAAUGACUGAGGACAGUUAUCGUAAAUUGUUUGUAAAUAUUAUGUAAUUUAUUAAACGGUUCCACUGUCUCCCUUAUUUUGUUACAUACCAAGGUUUUUCUUAUUAAAUCCUCGAGUAAACGCCACAUUCUUUUGAUUAUGUACGGCGUUUUCUUCGAGGGUGUUGAUUAUUGGUAAUUUUCCCUCCAUCUGCGGCGUUUGAUCGAGGGUGGCAUUUAAUGGAACAAAAUACGGUAAACAGGGGAAAAGGAUGGGUGUUUGAACUAUCUUUUACAAUAUUCUUUUUUGUUUUUUUCUGCAGCUUCAAAGAGAAAGAAGCUUAUACCUUUGCACCUUUUUCUAACUCGUCAAACCACAAGACAACGCAAGUAAGAACAGAGAGCAUUAACCUUGAGAAUUCUUCCGAAGUAAACUCGGAAUGUGACUUCUUGGGUGACAUGUCGGCCUCAGGUUCUCAAAAUAACGGAAAUGUGAGCUGCUCAGGUAGCUCAGCUAAUCAAGCCUCUUUAGAAAAAAGUAAAGACUCAAGUGAUUCUGUGUUAGAAUCGAGAACUAGUGUACCCGAAGCAAAUUCAUUGUGCAGUGAGAAUCAUGCUAGAUUUGUAGGAUCGUCAAAAAGAAAGAGAGGACGACCCAGAAAAGCAGGUAUUGAAAGUACUGUCAAUGAAGUGUCGUCCAUGGCUAGUCCAUGUCCUGACCAAUUAAGUGAGAUUUCAUCAUCAUCUCGCGUGAACGCUAACGAUAAAAUACCCUCAAGCGACAUAACAACAGCAAGGAGAACGUCCUCGAGAGUUCGGACACCACGAAAGAUUUUCUACAUUGAUGUGGACAAGUCGAAAGAUGACAAUUUACAGAGUUCCUCAAGGAAAAGAGGGAGGAAAAGAAAAAGUGUGACGGAAGUGAAUAGUGAUGAGGACGAUGAAACCGAUGUAUCGAAAAAACUGGAAUAUAAGACACCCAAGAAACGGGGUAGAAAGCCUAAAAGAACGAAUAUUACAAGCGAGGAUGUUGAUUCUGUUAGAGAAUGUAAUGAUGAGAGUGUUAGCAAUAAUAAUGGGAAGGAAAAAGUAGAAGAAAAGCGCAGUGUUGGUUGUAAUGAUCAGGCUGUUAUCAAGGUUGAAGAUGAGCAACAAGAAAAUGAGGAAUCUUCUAGAGGUGUCAGUGAGAACAAAAAUGGUGACGGUUACGUUGAAGAUGAUCAUCAUGGUGAUGAUGUUGAUAAUUAUGAUGAUGGUGGUGUUGAUGGAUCUUGCACUCCUGGAGUUACAAGAACAAAGGAGCUAAAUGGAAAAGAGAAUAGUAAGUUAUGGGGUAAUACAGGUAGAGUACAACAUUUUUAUUCCCUUACUAUCACUUAUUUUCGUGCGACUUUAAUUUCGCGAAUUUGGAAUAGCAAUAUUUCGCGGCACUUAAAUUUCGCGAUUUUGUCGAAUCACCGUUUUUCAAGGUAAUUAAUUUUCGCGAAUCAAGUAAAAUGGUGCUCGUUUUUUAAACUUCUAUCUCUGCAUUUUAUUUAACCAUAAUGGUAUAGAAGCGCAACAAGCAAUUUGCUGUAAUGUUCAACAAUGUCAGAAACAUAACAUCUUUUAAAGGUACACUGAUAUAAGCAACGGAGGAACUAUUAAACUCGAUGGCGCUGCCAAUUAGCUUUUAGAUGAGGAUCUCCUCUUUAUAUUUUCAAAUGGAUCUUCAGGUAAUAAGGUUGUCUUUCCUUGAGCAAGUUCGGAUAUUCCCGCUUUGCUUCAUCCUUUUGCAAUGUACCGCUUUCCCAUACUGCAUGUCAAAUGGUAGCCUGAGAAAACAGGCGACAUCUCACGACACCAUCACUGGUUUCCCCGCGAAAUGAAGAAAACGAAAUUCUUUAUUGAUGACCUGUCAUUACCCAGAUCAGGGUAGUGCUUCUGAUUGGUCGUGCCCCGUGGGAAAUUUGAUUCAACCAAUCAGAAGCACUGCCCAGAUCUGGGUAGUGACGCGUCAUCAGUAUGGAAUUUCUGCGCUCGUUUCUCAGACGUCAUUUGGCGGGGAAACCGGUAGUGGCGUCUCCUGAAAUGUCGGUUUUCUCAGGCUAGUCAAGUGGUUGUAAAGGCUUACCAGCCAGCUGGCUUGUAAGGACUACAGCACAGAUAGCCUUAAAUCGACCUCAAUCUCAUCGGUGCUGUUUCCCGACUCCAUUUGUUUCUGAACUUCGACCGAAUAGCAAGUUGUAGUUGAAGUACUCCCUGGUAAUCCUACGUCACCAGGUCGUUCCUUUUACAUUAGGAACAUGUAUUUUAUUUGCUCCUUCCGUUUUCUACUUACAAAGCUAAAGAUUUUGCUGUGAUAUCUCAGGUACCAAAGAAAACACUUCAACCAAGAAAUUGGGAAGAAAACCAAAGCGUCGUAAGGUAUUAAAACUAUCUUAAGUCCCAUGGUUAGUAUGAACAUGUUUUGCAUUCAGGAUAAGGAGAUGGUUGCCAUAGCAUAAACACCCCUACCCCUACCCCUCUUAAAUCAAGUCACCCACCCCUACUCCGAACCCACUCCCCCCCUCUGGAGCUCGCGAUUGUACAUUAUGUUUGCAGAUUCUCGAAUAUAUGAUUAACAGCACUACUGUUUUAUGAGAUGCAUGUCAAUCUUGUUGCUUCUUAUACUAAAACGUAUUUUGUUGUAUUGCAGGGAGAGGUUUCAGAGGUAGGUAAUCAUCCCCAGGGAUGUUUCUUCCAUUACGCGAAUAGCUUCUAGUAAAAUCUAACUAGAUUUUAAUAAUUUCAUACAUGUACAGCCUAAAAAAAUGCGAAGACCUUCAGGUCACUUGCGAAGGAGAUGUUUGGUUACGAGAAUCGAACCACAGGAAUUUUGUCCUAUCGGUUCUCUACGUCCACCCGUGUUUUCUUUAUGAAGAUACUUUAUUACAUGCAAUGUCCAAGUUACUAAAUGUGGUCAUUAAGAGGUUAAAAACACUGGAUAAUUAUCAACUGAUCAGUUCAAAUCAAAGGUCGCGGUCGGUUACAGGUCCAUUGCGGUGCUAGUUUACCAGAGGUUCUAGGUGUAAGGAUUUGACAGCAACAGCAAGUCGCCAGAAAUUUUUAGUUAAGUCACCCGAAAUGCUGAGUUGUGUGGCUUGAAAUUUUAUCAUGCUCAAAAACAUCCUAGCAUCCUUAUUGCACAUUUAUCGCGCUUGUUUCGUCUCAUCGAAGAUUAAAGAACGAACACUCAUUUAUCGCGCUUCUUUCAUUCUUCAUCAAGGGCUAAAGAUCGAGAUAUAUUACACAUUUAUACCCUCCGCUAGUUUCGUCUCAUCGUUGCUUAAAGAAGCACGAGGUAUGUCACACGUUCAUUCUGCUUAUUUCGUUUCACGAUGGUUUAAAGAAGGAGAUAUAUUACAGAAACUCUUUAUUUAACAAAAAUUAACUUUGUUUCUCUGUGCACUUCACCUGAUAAAAUUCAGGCGACAUGACUCAGCAUUUUGGGCGACUUAACUUGGGUUUUGGGCGAGAUGACUUUCGGGCGACUUGACCGGUUACCGGUGUCUUACGAGAGGCAGUCGCACAUGAACGUUUAAACUAGACUGUGGUACUAAAUCAAUGACUGAAAGUAUUUUUGCCAUGUUUCUUCAUUAGGUCACCCUACUGAAGGAACAGACAAAAUAUGGAAAGAAAUUAAUUUGUACAAAUGAAGGAUGUGGGGCUAAGUUCGCUUCAGCUCUUGGAUAUGUGACGCACAGAAAAACGUGUGGCAUAAAAGAGGAGGAGAGAGAAAAGUUUUCCUGUGAGAUAUGUGGAAAGGAAUACAACAGUGUGCCAGGACUUACAUAUCAUAUGAAGACCAAACAUGUUGAGGUACUUGAAAACCUUCAUUCACGCAGCUACCUCAUAUCAUGAUAAAGUUCCGAUAUAACACGAAUUCUGAUUGGUUUAGCCUGUUCCAGGCUCCGGGUUAGUCGGGUCCGCGAAAUUGAGGAAGCGUGAACACGAAAAUAAAACGAGAGGAAAACUUUUGGCUAAAAUUCGCUGUAGAAUGACGAAGGGUAUCGCGUUUUCCCGUCGAAAUGACGCUGGUUCACGCGCGCGCACUAUUACGUAUUGAACCCUGCAUAAAGAUAAAACCUGAGAUUAAGGAGAUAACAACAAUUGCUUUAUUUUUUCUUUUCAUUUUUAGAGUGAAACUGAUAGCAAUGAUCAAACCAAGGAAAAUGAGGUACUGUUACAACUGUGUGACACUAAUUUUGAUCAAAACUGUACCAUUAUCCGUUUUGGUCUCAAACUGUUUUGUCCCCAGAGAAAAUACAUUAUUUUCAAGUUUACGCAUUGUCUGUUGUUUUGUGUUAAUCAUAAGCUUAGCACUUUCUUACUCUCCUUUCUUAAUUGUAGAAUAUAAAAAUCCAGCCCUUUAUUUGCUCCCGAGAAGACGUGAAAGGUGUAACGAUUUAUGUCUUGAAUGCCUUUGUUUCCCAGGAAGCUGCAGAGCCUGAAGUUACAGAGACUGGGCGAGUCAGAAGAAAGGCGGCAUCAAGGUUGGUAACAACUAAAACGGUGUCCAAAUUAAUCACUUCCACGUUUUUUUGUCAAAUCUGCCUCUGGUAAACGAAGUAAUGGGAAGAAUCCCUCACUGUGAGGCAAAGUUAUGCAGCAAGGUGGGGAUAAGGUUGUUACCGUCACCCGGGGAGGGGAUGGAGGGGUAAAAAAAAGCUUUCCGCAGGUAUUUCUUCCAAACGCUUUACACCAAAAGCCUGCUAUCGCAGAGUAUGCUCAAUCCUGCUUGGUAAAGCUUGGUUUCCAUAAAUUUCCAGAUUAACCAGGCGUUCUUUAUUCUUAUACUUCAGUUGUAUCCAGGUGACUGUGAUCGCCUCUAACAAUAAAGCAAUUCGUUUGGUUCGUAUCAGUGAUUCGAUAGUUAACAUUCGGCGCCUCUUCGCAGACGUUACUAACCGCGGGGCUUGAUUACGUUUGCAGCGCAGGCUAUAUUUUCACUAAAAGCCCAUUAAAAACACGCUUGCUGCUGUUUUAAGCGACGAGGACAUUGUGAGGGUCAUUCAUCUAUUAUUUCGUCUGAAAGAUUCGUAGCGCCCUUACUCCUCCCAAAUUGACAGAUCAUACCAAGCUCUGUUUCUUUUUUCAUUUUUAGAGCCUUAUCCAAAGUUCACCAGUUAGCAACAGAUCAUGAUAUGGUGUCCAAAACGGAUGAAGCAGAAGAGAACGAUAAACCCAUAAAGAAAUCUGACAUUGACCAACUGAUCACCGCAAUUCCAGGCAGACAAGUCUCCCAGAAAUUGGAAGAGCGGUGGUCAGAGACGGUGGAGGCUGGAAAAAAUAUAAAUUGUCCUUGUAAGGUAACUAUCUCAGGUCCAAAAGUAGGUUGAGUUUGAUCGUCCGGGUGAACGUAGUCCUGAACAGGACUGUUGUUGUUGACAGUGACUGACGUGUCAACAACCUGUGCGGUAGUCAUCUUCAGAGUCAAAGUGAGUUGUAUCGCGUCAGUUCAUGGUAUUAUACUCUGGUUAUUGAUCUGAUUGGUCAAUUACGUCGCGAUGUUAUUGGUCGUCUGUCAGUUAAGCCGUGAUGUUAUUGGCUAUGAAGACUCGUAAUCAGUAAUUGGCGCGUUUCGAUCCGUCUAUUGUCACAGUUAAACAGUCGUCUAUUGUUAGUCAAAUUGUCAGUUCUCCAGUCGUUCUCUCGUAGUUAGUUUUGCUUGAUCUCGUCAAUAAGUGGUUUGUACGGCGCUGGUAACUGUUGGCUACGAUUCAGUGGCGUUUUUUCUAAGUUAGUAAACCAGCUUUCUUUUCCCUCUGGGAGUGACGUGUAUCGAUUUUUGAUUGUUGUUGGUAGUGCUGUCAUGUAUGUGCUAACACUGUAUUCUACCAAAUAUGGAUUGUUUACCUUUUACAUGUGCAAGGGUAAGCAAAAUAGAAAGAACAGACGUUACGUCACGUUGCUAUGGUAACGAAUUUUUAGGUCGCAAUGAACCUUGUUCCUGCAAAGAUGGUAGGAAAAAAACGAAAAACAAUUGACGUCUACUACUUUCCUGAGAAUGAUUGCACUUUAGGAACAACAAGAUAGCCCAUUCUUUUCAUCCAUCAUUUGACAAUGCAAUUGGCCACCGCUGUCAAGAAAGAUUGUUGAGAUCCAGAAAUUUUGCUACCAUGGUAACAUAACGUCGCAAUUCUCCUCUCUAUUGAGGAUUCGUCCAGGAAUCGCGUUUACCAUUUUUACGUAUUAGGAAAAAUGGCCGCGAAGGCCCGGAACUGGUAUUAAAGAUGGCUUUGAAGAACAGGAACGCGAAUUUCCGUUGACAACAUUCCCUACGGAAAAACAGGCUGCCUUUUCAGAUGUCCCGUUGCUCCCGGAAAUCUUCCGCUAAGACGACCCAAAAUGUCGAGUUCCAUUAACUUUCUAACCUGAGCGGAUGUUCCGAAAACUUUUUUUAAAAAAUAGUAAACAACCAUUAUCAACGUUUCUUUCGAAGUUAGCACAUUUUAAUGAGAGUUGUCCUAUAAACACGACUAGAUUCUACUGGAGACACAUGUAGAUUCUCCACUAGGCUCCCCUAUCUUUCAUGAUUCGUUCAGACCAUGAUGUGAACCCCUUGGCUCUUAUGCGCUUGUCUUACCUAAUAUUUACAAAAACUAUUUGAUUAACUUUGUUGUAGAAGAGUCUUCUCUUUUGGCGAAGACGAAAAGUGCUGUUACACGGGACGAUUCGCAACCACGAUUGUUAGCGCAGCACAGUGUUGCAACAUUGAUUCGACAUUGAUAUGAAUGGUUACAACAUUGUUCUAAAGCUCUGUGUUUCGCUAAAAGUCGUCGUUGUCUAAGUCUGCUUUGACGAAGAUGGGUGGGACGAUUCGUUACGACGAUUGAUAGGGCAACACAGUGUUACAACAUUGAUACGACAUUGAUUCGACUGGUCACAACAUUGUUCCAACAUUGUGAACGCCGUUUUGGCCCAAAGGUGGGUCGAAACGUCCCGUGUAACAUCACCUUUGAGUAUCGUUCAUGAGGCGAUUGUUUUGUAAUUUACACUACUGAUCUAUUGCCGACCUGAGUUGUAUUUGUAAAGACUUACAUGCGAAGCUGUAACGUUAAAAAUGACUAGAGACAAUCAAUGUUUCCUGGCGCAAAUUUUGUCCUUUUUUAAUCUAUUUUUCCUAGGGCUGUUUGGAGAAGUUUCCGUCUAUCUUCAGCGUCAAAGGUCAUCUAAAAACCUGCGAGAAGGCUGUGUCUCAUAAGUGCCUGGCAUGCAGCAAAGUGUUUACGGGUUGGAUCGUGGCACAGAAUCACGUGAAACACUGGCACGUGGGAUACACGGUAACUGCUUUUUUAUAUUCUAGAGAAGUUUUGAAUAAUAGAGAGUUUAAGCAGCGACCUUUUUGAGCGACGCACGUCAAUCCGAAGUGAAAUUUUUGCACACUUGAGUUGUGAUAUUGAACAAACCUUUGGACAAAUCGUCUCUGUAAGAGUAAAGACACUUAGCCAUACAAAUUUGGUGGCGUCAAGGCAUAUUAAAAGAGAAAAAAAGCUGACUUCUGGUUGACGCGCGUCGCUCAAAAACGUCACGGUGCUGCUUCAAGCCUUCAUGUGCGACCACCUCACGUAAACGACCAUCCCCAAUAAGCGAAUACUAAAAAAAACACCAAAAGUCAAAAACACCAAAAUUUUCUCGGUGAAAUCCUUCUAGUUGAAACCUCUCUGUCGAUAUUGUAAACCACAUUUACCCAUAUUGUAACCUAGAAAAUACAUGCAGUACAUUCUCUUCAAAAUGUAGAUAUGUCCGUACUUCUCCUCGUAAAAUACCUUCUGUGAGUUCGACGACCGCUAACCCUUCGUAUUGUGGGCGGUCGCUUACGGGAGGGUCGACUAUUGAACCUCCAUGUGCGACCAUCUCUCGUAAGCAUGAACGACCAUCCAAAACACCAAUUUUUUUCCCAUCAAAUCACAACAGCUGGAACCUCUCGUAAACGAAUUCUUCUCUCAAGCGACCGCGGCCAUUUUUAGAUGAAAGUUUUAGAAUUUUCCAUUAUUUUUUCCUCAUGUAAACAACCACUUGAGACAUGAAUUGAUGUCUAUGUUUACUGUAUGUACUACACUACUCAGAGUAUUCAUAUCGUGAAAUAUAAAUUAUGUGCAAUGAAUGUCUUCCAAAUAAAAUAUGUGUUUUCUAGGAUGGGCUCCCUGUGAUUCAACUGUCGUAAGCAACCACCUCCCGUCGGCGACCACUUAAUCCUCACAUUUUGAGUGGUCGCUUACGGAAGGUUUGACUGUAUUACUUAUGUAGCGAGUAAUUAAAAGCAAGACAAAAUAAAACGAACCCCAGGACUUACAUUGUACAGAUUUCCCAGGUACAGUUCAGUGGUAUCCCGCAACGAAGGGUAGCACUUUAUCAUCUGAUGGAUCUAACUCUGUCUCCUACAUGUCAUUACUAAUUUAAACAAGGUGAAACAAAGAUCUACCCCUGAAGCCUAUUUGUAGAGUUAUUCACCAAGUGGCUAAAAGUUUGACCAUUGAAGUAAGGAGAGCAAGAAAAGUCUGAUUAUAAAAUAAUGGUAGGCAGACAAAAAAUUGUUGGCCAGAAAAGAAAAAUAUUUUGUGCAUGAAGAGUUUGAAAUAAUGAAAAUGGCUGCCCAUCAUCGCUAUUGGAUGUAAUUUAAAGGUACACACGCACAGAACUUAAAAUAAGAGUUCGAUUUCGCCAAUAUUGCAAAUAAUGUCAUUUUUGAUGUUCUCCAAAAGUAAAGAAGGCUUAACUCUAAACUGAAACUUUAGCCUGCAGGAAAGGACAAAUCUGACUCCAGCGAUGCUGAUUAUGUAGUAAUCAGUUCAGACGAGGACGACGAAGAUGAAGACUGCGUUGAAAUUGAGGAGGUAGAAGACAGUGGAAGCGACAUACUGGAGGACUCUGACGAAGCCGAAGAGAUUAUUGUUUGGGAUGACACCACAAAGAGGAACAGCAGAUUUAAACUACAGCAGAGGAGGGAAAGUAAAAAAAACGCCAAACUCUAUGUUAACUCUGUUGGAAAUAGAAACAGCACAGCUUAUAAGGCGACGGAAAAAUGGUACGUUACAGUGUAAUUAUCUUCUUGAGAUUCCCAUUUCUAAGGUUAUGUUCGCACGCCAAACCAGUACCUUCGCACCGGCUCUAAAAUGACGUUGUGUUCACACCGUAACUGAGGACCUGUUUACAUGGAGAUGGGGGACCCCAGGUGGGUGAGGUAACCCGCUUUGGUGGGUUAACCCGCCUGUUCAUAUAAUCCCUCAUUUAAAUUUGAUCACGGUUACAUGAUAGGUGGGGUGAACCGCCGCAUGUUACCUCACCUAUCUGGGGUCCCCCACCUUCAUGUAAACAGGCCCUAACUGUGUCAAGUUAUCUUCAUUUCGCCUAGUCAGGCAUUACUUUGGGACGUAGCGUAGGAGUUAUCGAUAUGCAAGGCAGUGAGUUGUCGCGAAACUAACGGAAAACGUGUGCUCACAGAGACCCAAUGCCCAGUUUAGUGCUAGGGUACAAUGCCUCGACUUGUGUUCAUUUCUGAAUUCUUGCCUGCGUAACAAGCGUUUCCGCGCGAGUUCGUGGAGAAAGUUAGGACGAGAGCAAAAAAGAGCAAUAAAGGGGGAGGGGAGGGAGAGAAAAAAGCUUUUAUUCCUCUUUACCCCACCCCCCUCCUCCUUUUAACUUCCAUUUCUUUUGCUCACGCCCCAAUUUUCGCGCAAUAACUCGAUUGGAAACGCUUGGUACGCAGGCCAUUUGAAUUUAGACGCGGGCACCUGAAAAAAGGGGUGUGUUCACAUUUUUUCCUAGCGAGUAGCGUACUCGGGGCACUAAGGGUGAACAAUGUUUAUGCCAUUUUGCUGGAGCUCGGUUUUUCACUAUGUCAGUGGUUUGAAUUGUUGUUUCUUUUCACACACACUGCAGGCGUAAGGAUGCAUUCAAACACAACGAGCUGUUCCCUAACUUGAGACCCUCCUCAUCUUAUUGGUCAGCGGUUGAUUCCAGGUGAGCCGAGUUAGUUUUAGCAACCUUGAUCCCAGGGUCUCCUUGUUUUCCAACAUGGCGGCGGCGAAAAAGAAGAUUACACGCUUGCGACGGGAGACUGCAAUGGUAAAGAUGUCUCUGAAAAAGUGUCUUCGCGCCCCCUCACACUUAAUCAAAAUCUCUCCAGCGUUGGUCUUCUUGUUUUGCAGUUAACACCCGCUGAGGAUGCGCGCACAGCAAAAGAAAUGCUCAUACAACCGUGCCUCUCAGUCAAUCAGGGCGAGCGCACUGUAUUAGUUACUUUAUGAUACAUGUGAGUGUUCCGAUGGCAAUGCAUUGAUCACAGAUUCAACUGCAGAAAACAAUCGCGAUGUUUUCGCUAAUUUUCGCUAGUACUGAUCUUGUUCCGCUGUCCGUCUUGUUCAUUGUUUUGAAAUCAAGGAUCGAUAUCACUUUCGUUAAGAACUAACUUCUUUUGUCUCCAGAGUCUGUCGCGUUUUAAAAGAUUGUCAUACUACUAUCUAUUCUUUCCACGUAUUUAUCUGCCGUAAUGGAGUAGUAUUUAGCACUUUGACUGAUAUUUUUGGCUUUUCUCUAAUGACAGUGGGUUUAGUAGUUUAUAAAGUAAUACCCAAGAAACCAUGUCGUAGCUUUAUUUGAUUUCUUAAUUUUUAAUUUAAUGUUGUUUUAAAAGUGAAAUAGAUCAGUAUGUGCCCAAAGCCUCCAAGUCACCACAGUUUGUGGUUCGACGGCCAAAACAGAAAGCAGGCGGAGAAGAACUAGUACAGCUGCCUUUAUUUGGAAGCACGACCAAAAGUGAUAGUAAGAGAAUGCAGUAACAGUUACUUAUAAUUUGAAAUGUAGCCUGCGUGGCUGGCGAUUGCAUUUGUCGAGCGCGCAGAUGAGCACCGAAGUUGCGAGCAGAGUAAGGCGCGCGCCUCGUAGCCUGCAUGACAGGCGCAAAAAAGGAGGAGGAGCGGGGAAGGGAGAAAAGCAUGAAAGGAAAAACGUCCCUUACCCUCUCUCCCAAUUCCCUCCCUUUUUUCCUUCCUUCCGUUCCCCUACCCGCCCUCCCUCCGUUUUUGACACCUGCCACGCUGGCUACGCGCUUUGCGCACGUUUUUGCAGCUUUUUCUUUUUCGUCAAACAAACAGCCAGCUAGGCAGGCUAAUUAAAAUUACACUUAGCAUUCGGAGUGCAAAAUUAGGCAUUUAGAGAUUGCGCGUGACAGUGAAUCUUUUUGCUUUCGAUUGCUCCGGAGGAGUCGUUUCGCUUCUCCAGUCUGCCAUUUAUAGGUCUGCCGUUAACCGCCUCAAACGCACUCAAUCUCGCUUAAUGGAAUGCUCCUUUGUCUUCUAUUCUUUUAAUGUGGUCCGGAAACGCACCACAAAUAACGGCUGCAAGAAGGCUCGAUACGCCUAAAUCAGUUUUAAACUUGUGAAGGAGAAAUUUGAAUUUCACUUUGCAGAAAAUUGUAAAGACGCUCCCCAUUGAAAAGGGAAAAUAAACACCGAAUCGUCUGUUAACGUUCAUAUCAAGACGAUGUAUUUUGUUGUUUUGGGUUUUUUGUUUUUGUUUUAAGGUUCAGUCUUUGGUGAUGUGACUUUCAAUGUUGGUGGACCUGUGUGGGCCAUGGACUGGUGCCCAAUUCCUGGUACGUUGGUAAACGAUGCAUUAUAGUUUAUUUUAACACUUUACGAACCUUUCUCUCUUUCCUUGACAGUUUCCUGUCAGGGACUGAGAGAAACAAUCGACUUCAACUUUAGUUGAUCCUAUAUUUAAACAAUAUUUAAACAAAGAAGCGGUCAACAUUCACGCGCAGCGGCGCACUGUUAGUCUUUGAUUCCAUACAAUUUUAAAGGCCGUUAAGACUUUUGGCGGGAAAUAGUUUAUUGUUGGAUGUCAUGUGAUCACGAAGUAGCCAAUGAGAGCACCUUCUUUGGAGGGAAAUUCCAACGAUGAAUUGCAGUUAGCCCUAACCUUGCCCUCCCAUGUUUUCUACCAAGGAGAAGCGAUCCUGUAUUUCUAGCAGGGGUCCCUUGGGUGUAAUCGCAUUUGCGUGUUGAACGAUUCCUUCGCGUUAUCGAUCCUUGACUGGUAACUUGUUCCAGACCAUUACAAAGAGCUCUGCCCUUCACAUACUAUAUAAAGAUUCCUCUUGUAUAAUUAUGGAUUUGUAUUUUUAGCUCAAGUUGCUUUUUAUGAACUCCUUCUUUUUAGAUUCCAGAAAUAGUGAAAGUCAGUUCCUGGCAAUAAGCACUCACAGAUCACUGGACCAGGUAAUUUUUUGCACAUAACACGCUCUCUAAUGGGGAAUAUCACAAAGAGAAUUCAAGAAAGUAGGAGAAAGCAGGGAUGGGGGAAAAAGAGGAGGAAAGCCUGUAAACAAAGCAGAGCUUUCAAUGCGUUUCUGCUGAGAUAGACGCUUUAAGUGAUCAUAGCCUUAAUAUUGACAAGAGCUUUUAGUCUUUUCGUAGCUUAACGUUAGCUUCCUUAGCACGUCAUUUUAACAUUCUCUCUCACUAGGUACAUUCUAUACAUAAGACCAUUUCUAAGAAGGGACUCAUACAGCUCUGGGAUGUUGGGAAGUUAAAGGUCAAUUCUGCAAGGUAAAACUUUAUUUUUGAGCAAGCUGCUUUGUGCUUUGCCAUUUUGCAGUGUGCCUCUUAUAACAUAUACUGUGUCUUCUCUCUUAAAUAGCGGGUCAGAAAGUUAUGCCAGAUAUAAAUGAUGAAAUUAUAAAUAAGACUGCCUUAGCUCCUUCAGGCAUUCGAUCACUGUAUCGCGGAAAAACAUUUGGCUGUCGGGAACAGUAAAAUGAACGUCUGUGAAAAGUACGCCCAAAUAAAUUUCAUGCUCAAAAAAACGAUGACCUCACUUUCCUUUAUGCUUGUAACUUAACUCUGUCAUUGAAAUCAGGUUUUCUCUAUUUUUUUCCCCUCGUUUUGGUUGCUCACAUUGGCAUUGGUUGCAUUUGUUCAGACAUUUAAGAAGCUUGUCUAUUGUUCUUUAAUUAUCCUUUUAUUUACCACUUUUAAUGUCUUUCAACAGUUCUGGGUCAGGUCCAACUUUGUCCCUUGGCAUUGCACACAAUUAUGGUGCCAUAUGGGACCUCAGUUGGUGUCCGUCGGGGACAUGGGAGCCUAAAUUGUCUACUAAAAAGCAGGUAUGGUAUAUAAUUGUAAGUCAAUGCUUUAACGGUAACAUAAGUUGUUCCCGAAAGUUUGUAAAACCAAUGCCCAAGGAUGCAAAAAGUGCCUUCAGGUCAACGUGCGCCGCUCAAGAAUGGCUUUGCUUGAACUCCCUAGUGUCUAACAUCAAGCUACCCGGAUAUUUUUUGUCGCGAAAUAGCAUUAUGAUUUGUCGAUUUACAAGUUUGCUUGCAACGUUUCAAAUGUUGUUUUUUGCUUUGUUUUUCAGAAUGAAGCCCUUUCGCGUUUAGGUUUGAUGGCUGUGGCCUGCAGUGAUGGCCUUGUUCGUAUCCUCAGGUAAAAUAAAUAGAGAAUCGAUUAAAUAAAGUUAUUAUUUCGCUCGGCAGAAUUAAUAGUGUUAAUGCUAGUAGGGCCUAGAAAAUGCCUGAAAAAAAUAAUUUAAAUCAAACUUAAUGGAGUUAAGAUUUCCAUCUGGACGGGUCUAAACCACUUGGUGAUUUAGCGACAGAACGGGAACGUCAUUUGACGACGGCAAAGCGCGCGAAAAGGACUAAACUCUGCUUCCGGUGCCCAGUUUGCCGCUCAGCUAUUUUUCAAGGCAGUUGAAUUUGAACUUGGGGUCGUCUAACGUUGCAUUGCUGUUCUCCAGCGCUCUAUACGAUUUGGCGGGACGUACUGCCUCAGCCUCCUAAGAUAAUAUAGUAAGCUAAUAUAGUAUUAGGCGUAUUGGAGGGUCUUUUGAGGUGUUUGUCGUAAGUGUGCGGUGAAAUACAUUAAAAGUCAUUGACUUGAAAGCUGAUGUUGUUAAAACGUUAUCAGCACGCUAUCUCCACGAUUGCCUCUUCAUGCUUCAACGAUGUGUAUCUACCAUUGCUAUAAUGUUUGCUUUAACCUUUGCAGUAUACCCUGGCCAACUGAGUUAUUCUCGACGUUGUGUAUGAAGCAGUCAAAUGACCAUACUUCUUAUCCACCUGGUAAGUCUAAAUCUUUUGUUCUUUGGGUUAGUGCUGUCUCCAGUUAAAUUGUGUAUCUACCGUGGGCAAACGUCUAAGGCGUUUUAUUUUUAGUAGCUGGGAUUCUAUUCAAAAGUAAGUGUAAACAUGGGCAAAGAUGUAUGAAUUAAUUUUUUAUCGUAACUUUCUUUUCAUUAUUCUCAAAAUUGUAUUUUUUUUUUUGUUGAAAACGCUUUGUGCCUGAGUAAAAUCAUGCUGGAAAAUGGCGCCGACAAUAACACCAGCUUCUGUUUUCAACAUUCAGAAGUUUUACGAUAAACUUUUAAAACGUUUCGUAAGCUAACAGGGUAUUGGUAAUUUAGUAAAAUCCAACUAAUGGUCUAUUAUCAAUGCUGCGUUUUGAUUGGUUGAGCUACUGCUAGGCUAUAUGUCUGUUUUGAAAAGCAAAACAAACUGAAUCGCGUUUUUAGCUUAAGUUGUUUUGUUUGACCAUGACUAAAACAAUUGUUUAAAAAGUUUAAUAAACUAACAGGAUAUUGUUAAACUGUACGACAGUGAAAUUAGCAAGCUCAGCUUUUAAGUACUUUUCUUUUUCAAUUUACAGUCAUAGUACAUGCCGUCCCUCAUGCUUUGUUAAUGCCAUGCGCCCUGGGCGUGGCCUAUGAUGGACAAUGCGGCCAGGCCUGGUGUGUCAAGUGGAUUCCUCACUCCAUGCAUGAAAAAAUUGCAACGGGGUUUUCGGAUGGUAAAUAUCAUUUCUGUGAUUAGCAAAGCAGUCCUUUUCAAACUUAACGGUUUUGAACUAUCUUGAUCCCAAAGUCUUGGAAGUUUUGGCUUCACCCUAUCCUCCCAAGAAUGCCAAAACAUUUCGUUCGUUUUAGUUUGUUUUGAAUUUUCAUUGAAAAUCGCAAUGUGUAUCUUAGAAUAGGUAAGAAUCACAUGGGUCAAUGAGCUGGCGAUGUGGGAUCCAUGUGGGGUCAAUGUAGGGCUGAUGUUGGCUCCAUGUAGGGUCGAUAAAGGGUCGAUGUAGAAUCGAUGUAAGGUCGAUAAUGUGAAGGAGGAGGAGGAUGCACACGAUCCACCCUUAUCCACCUGACGUAGACCCCCAACCCUUCUACAUACUACUCGCAGAAAAGUUACUCAGUAGCUUCCAUCUAAAGGGUCCCACCGGAUUAUGUUGUUUGCAGACUCAAAACUUAGAUCCCUUUUUCAGUUUGUAUCCAAGUAAAACAGUACCACAGGAAGGUAGUACUCUUGAGUAGCUUUCAUUUAAGUGGUCGUACUUUGAGAUUUCGCCUGACUACCGCCGUAAAUACUGUUCAAUAAAUUGAAGGGUCAGACGGCAGAAUCUUAGAACCACAUGCCAUUUCUCCAUGGGCAUACCGAGCUCACUGCAGUGAUUUGCUUGAGUGACCAUCAAACAAUAGUUUCCAUGUGCGCAAUUUCCAAUGCCCAAAGCAACCUUCAUUGAUCAGCUUUGUAAGCCUGGCUUUAUAUUGUCCGUUUAGAGAUCACAACAUUUUCCACUUAUUUUUAUUUUGCUAUGUCAGUUUCCACAAUUCCGUGGGCAAAUGAGUUGUAAGUUGAAGACAUUAACAUAAGUUGACUAUAAUUAUCUAGCUCCACUAAGUUACAAAGCUAGCUGUCAUGUGUUAUGGCAUUGUCUUUUCAGGAACUGUGGCAAUCUGGAAUCUUAUGACAGAAUCACGUUUGUUAAAAAGACAGAAGGAUGAUGACGGGAAGACGUUCUGUAAGUAACAGUUUUAGUAACUAGCAAGGACUUGUGUUAACUUUCAUAUCCCAUUUGUGUUUUUUGGUAGAAAAGGAAGCAAAUAGAUCUAUAUAUUUUUUUUUCGCUAAAUAAUUGUGUUUGGUUCAAUUGUUGUCCAACGCAGGUCUGGCGCCUUUUCUCCAUAUUAUAACAAACUCAUCAGUCGUCAGAAGCCUGGCGUGGUGUCCAGAAAAUCCAAAUAUUUUUGCCACAGGUAACAAUAACUAAUUUCCAUUUUUGAAGCUGGUUUACACGCGUUGGAUAGUGCUUUUCUAUAACCUUUUAAAUACUAAGAUCAAAAUUUGAAUUCUCAUUUGUUGCCCCUAUUCAUUUCCUACAGAAUUAGUGGGAAGAAGAAAACAAUAAUAUAUCAAGCAAAUUCAUCGUUUGUGAUCAUGUCCGUAAUUCUCAUGACCACUCUGUUUUACAAAGCAUUGAUAUUACAAGGAGAAAUUUGAUGCUGAUCACUCUUAAGGCUUGAAGGGUUAACCAGUUAAUUAAAAAGACGUUUUCAAAGCUAAGUUCGCAUCGUAACCUUUUUCGAUUUCUUUUGUCCCUUCAUGAGUCAUUUAUAAGUUCAGAUUAUAUAACAUCAGGCGUGUUAUAUACACAGACUUUGCUAUCGUCGGGUUUCUUUCCCAGGUAGUUACGAUCGAGAGUACAAGGUAUGGAAUCUGACGAAUCCAUACAUGCCCAUUGUGACUUUCAGGCGAGGUUAGUAUUUCUCUCGGAGUUUUUUAUUUUCGUGUGGUUUCUUUUCUUCGUGCUUUUAAACACCUUGUCCUGUACAUAGAGUCAGCUCUUUCCAAAAGAGACUGAUUUUCCGUUUUAACGAGCCAUCUGCCUCAUAGAUACAAUGAGCAAAUCGCUGAACUAGUUGUCCGCUUGAUGAAGAAUUCUGUCUUGUAGAAGUGUUGAGGAGGUUGUCUGGAUUUUUGAAUGCUUUUGUUUUACUUUAAGACUUAUCUUUGCCUACUCAAUGAAGAUAAUCUCGUUCAAAGUUUCUAAAAAAAAUACUUUUCGCCGUGUGCGAAAGGAACCAAUAUUAUCCUCGGCGUUUACUGUGUUUUUCACUGUUUUCGUCGGUUCUGUCAUUCAUUGUGUGUAAAAGAGUAAAUGGAUCACCAAAAAUGGACGACCCCUUAUUGCGUUUUGGUUGUUGUUGUUGUUGUUGUUGUUGUUUUUGUUGAAUACCGUAAAAUUCCGAAAAUAAGCCCCGGGGCUUAUAUUUUUCAAAACUUUUGAGGGCUUAGGCGCUUAUAUUCAGGGCUUAUCUACGGAAAUUUGUGUUUCAUUUUUCAUUCUCAUAUAGUUGAAGUAAAUGAACCGUUUUUCUUUUUUACUUUUGUAUUUGAGGGCAAUUUUCCAAGUACAAGCCCCUCUGUGCAUAUUUCCUCAUUUGAAACGGAGGGUUUUUGCGAACCAGUUUGGGGCCUAUUAUAUUUGGAGGGGCUUUUUGGAGGGCCUUGUUUUUGUUUUAUAUAUAUAUUUGGCCAUUAACAGUGUUUUAACGCUUAUCUGUUGCAGCACACACAACUGAAAUGUAUUGGUCUGUUGUCUCCGAGACCGUUAUGAGCAGCGAGGAUGAUUGCUAUCAAAGUACAAGGCUCCCUUGUAUCGUAAGAACCUUCAACUUUACAAACGAAAGAUCCUUCGCCAAAACCUCUAAAUCUACCAUUCACAACAGCACAAUCUGGGUACGUAUGAAAAUGUCACUGAAACAGGCCAUUCCCGAGUACCAAGAACUCCCAUUUUUAAAACGAGGCUAAGUGUUAAACCUUCCUUGUAAAAAUUAUUUUAUUUGUUGAGAAUAAAAAUUCAUUUUCAUAUCAAUGGCUUUACACUUUGCCUCGUUUUGAAACAGAGGUUUGGGGGCAACUCAGGAAUGGCCUAUAGAUUUACUGAUAAACAGUAGUUAAACAAUCAUAGUUUCCAUCUUUUGUACAUGGCCUGGAUCAUAGAGUUUUGAAUUGUCGAUCAUUCCCCUGUUGUUCAAAUGUUGGAUAGCCCUAUCCAUUGGGUGAAUCACUAUCCAGUGGAUAAAUAUUAGAAAAACCGAUUGCGCUAUCCACUGGAUAUAGUGAUUUAUCCGAUGGAUAGCGGUAUCCACCUUUUGAACAACUGGGGCCUGUUCUGUUCAGAGCAGAGGUGGUAAAACACGUGUUAGUCUUUGUAGAUGAGGUCAACGAAGUUUCGGGCGAAAGGAGUUUUCUGGUUGGAAAAUCGUGGAGCCUCUAACUAGAGCAAAAUCACGGCUCAAAAAUGCGAAAAGUCCAAGCCGUUCAACUGAAAAACGUCAUUGGUUAAACUCCCUUUUGUCGACCACAACUUCCCACUACCCUAAAAUCCAAAAUAUGGCCUGAUCUCAGGAUACUUUCCCCACCCAUCCAUGAGCAAAAGAUCGAUUCUUGCCUACUCCACCCACACCAUGACUGAACCGUUUGGUUUCCCUACAAGCUUUGCGUCUUACUGUAGAGUUUUGACUUCCCUCCCACACAGUCUGUACAUGUAUCCGACUGGGCGAAGCUACUGGCCUGUGGAGAUGCGUCCGGUGAAGUCGAAACGGUGAACCUCAGAAAGAAGCAAAGUGCCAAAUUUGUAAGUAAAUACCCUGUCUACUUACCGUAAGGUUCCGCUUUCAAACCCUCGGCUUAUAUAUCAAGGAAGGGUUUUUGGACGGCUUAUUACCGGAGGGGCUUAUAUCCGAGGGGGCAUAUAACGAGAAUAGAAAAAGCGCUUCAGACAAACUAUUCUUGGUUUGCAACCACGUGACAAGGCGGCCAUGUAGGGGGUCAGUACAAUAGAAUUUUUUCUCGCAGAAUUUACAUGCAAAUGAAGCCUAGUUCCCAGAGGAGAGUAAUGCUUUUGUUCUUGACUAGCAACAUGGCCGCCGUGACGUCACGUGCAAACCAGCAAUAGUAGUGCUGAUUAAAACAAUGGCUCCAAACUGCUCUUUAUCUUGGGACAGAAUAUGGUGUCUCUUCAAAGUGCUUUAUUAAUUGUAUUGUAUUUGUACUUUUAAACGUUGCCCUUGAUACUUGGACCGUAUUUUUACUUCUCCAACGUGCCUUUUAAAUGAGCGCAGUCGUUUCUUCUUGAGUGCGCUUCUAAAGUACUGUUAUAAUUAGACCAUCUCUGUACCCUUUUAAAAGUGCCCUCAUUAUUUGGACCUUACCCCUCAAGGUGUCCCUUAUAGUUGGACAGUAUGUUUAUCUCUCCAAAGUGCCCUUUAUACGUACCCCUCCAAAUUGUUCUUGGUAAUUAUUUAAGUAAUUAUUUAAGUGCCCCUCCGAAGUGCUUUUUUGAUAUUUUCAUCCUCCCCCUCUGGAAUCGCCUUUUUUUAUUAAGACAGUCAAGAUCACACAUGACGAAACACUGUUGCCUUUAAGUUAUUAUUAGUAUUGUUUCUUUGUUUCUGCAGGGUAUUUAUAGAGUAUACUUAGAAAAGCUUGAUCAAGAUGGCGGAAAAGAAGGAGGACAGGAAGAAGGCUCUCAGAACGAAGGUACACAUAUUGCAGGGACAGAGAGAGGGGAUGCUGAUAAGGACCGUGAAGGUGCCGGUAAAAAGCAAGUCACCAACCACUCUGAGGGGUCAAAAGAAAAAAACUCGGAUACCUCCACUGAUAAAGAAGUGAAAGAUUUGUCUCUACCACGAACCACUGAAGAAACGUUCCAGCAGUACAAGCUUGUCUUUUACGAUGUUAACACUGUAAGUUGCUUAGUGAAAAACGAAAGUAAACAGUCUGUUUUUGUAUCCUCGGGAAUUUUAAAAUAGUUCAUGAGGAUAUUAAAUAUUGUUGAAUAUUGGUACAAAGGUAUAUUGGUAUGUUUUGUAGACGAUUUGGUGAUUAUCGAGUAUCGUUAAAGUGAGACUUGAUAGAAACCUCACUUCUUUCCAAUUAAAAAUUGUGCUCUAGUGGACAGGAGUUGUAGCGAUUAAGUUUGAAAGAGCGCGACAACACUUUUCUAGUGACGGCUUUAACGCUGUCGUCGUCGCAUCUGCCUUAACUCCCUACUUAAACCUUCUUACAUACCUCGAAAUGGUAACUAGAGCUUUGCCAACAUGAACGUAGCACACCAGCUACCGGGUUUCCAGAGCCACUUUUACACAGAAGGCCAUUUUCGUCCCCAGCCAGUUCGUGCUAUCCGAGUAAGUGGAGGAGGCUUGGAACUGAGCGCGAUUAACAACCAAAAACAACCGAGGAAUAUUGGGAACGAGGCUGAUGAAAGGUAUCUUUUUCCUUUAACAGAUUGAGUUUGCAGAUAUCGCCGACAAAUCCGAUCCGGAAGUGAAGCGUCAUUUAGACGUCAACUUACUGCAGUCUGCCCCUUACAAUAACUUUACCAAUCCUCAAGCGAUUCUCAAGGUACGUAGGACUACAUCAAUUACAUUACUCAGUGUCUUGUAACGCAAUCUUCCUAAACAGAACUUGUGUGUCACGUCAUUCGUCUUUUUGUUAUGUACUUUGAUUUGGCCUUGUUUGUUUUUCGAACGAAAUGCGAUUCUCAAGGUAAGUAGGACGAUAUCGAUUACAUUACUCAGUUUGUCUUGUAACGCAAUCUUCCUAAACAGAACUUGUGUGUCACGUCAUUCAUCUUUUUGUCAUGUACUUUGAUUUGGCAUUGUUUGUUUUUCGAACGAAGUGCAAACAGACAAAGCAACAAAUAUUCUUUAAUGUAUUGGUAUAUUGCUGGAUAAGCCAAAUCAUGAUAUCCUGUGUGGUAAUAAAUGAGUAAAAUCACUUGCUUUUUCUGAUGUCUGUGUCUAUAAUACCAGAAACUCAGAAGGGGUUGAUUCAACUCCUUAAGAGUUUCUGAUGAAACCUUGUCAAGAAAGUGUUAACGCGCUUAAGUACACUUCGUCAAUUGUCCGUGUAAAAUGGUUUUCUGAUUUCUAACGAGUCAAUUGAAAUAACUGAAGAGCUACCGGAACGAAAACGCAAGCGUUCGUUUUAGAAAGGUGUCUGUCUUGUCGAGUUGCCCUUUGAUAGACAGAAAACUGUUCCUUUAAAAUCCUGUUCAAUCCACAAGAGCAUAUGUACAUAACUUAUAAAUAGAGAAAAAAGCAAAUUCCCUUGAAAAGAUCAUGUGGUCCGCAUUAAGAAAACAAAACGUACAAUGCGAGAAGGUCUAUUUCAGUGGUAAAUCCAGAGGAGGGGCGAGGCCCCCCUUUAUUUUUAGACCAAACUGAGGCCCGAAAAAACGUUUUUAGACCGCCCCCCGCCUUAUCUCAGGGUCUUAUCCCCCCCCCCGCCCUGUCACCUGAAGGCCUGGAUUCGCCACUGUAUUUAACCACAAAGUUUUGCUGUCCCGUUAGGUUCGCUUCAAUCCUAACAAACAAGCUUUCACCUGGCUUGCGUCUGGAGGGGCUGCAGGUCUUGCCAGACUUCACCUUGUAAAGCAGUUAAAAGACGCGUGACGGCAAGUACUUAACAAGAGAUUUCUAUUGUGUGCCUGUGGAUGGAAAUCUUUUACCAAUAAUGACAGCCCACGCGAGUGAAUGCUCGCGAUUGCAAGUAUCAAACUUCCUCUCGCUCUAAGAUCGAAUAAAGAGGAUCUGGGCACAUGUGCCCCUUAUAUGGUCAUCACCGGUAUCGGUUCAACAUCGGCAUCGUCGUCGUCAUUAGCAACACUUUCGGAAGCAAUUGUCCAAUAAGACAACUCACCUUCUUGCCUUGAGGGUGUUUCGUGCCUUUGAGCAAAUUUACGACUAGCGGUUUGCCCUAUGAGUCCAUCUUGUGACCAUUUCUGUUGAGGGGCAGAUCAGUUAUUGCAGC